GAUGAUAACAACCAUAGUUAUACACAUUACUGAAUAUUAAAUAUUAAAUACUAAACAUGGAUUUGAUUCCUAGGGAAUUAAUUGAAAAAAUAUUUUCCAAUCUUCAUAACAAGCAUGUUUUGCCAAUGAGAACGUCAAAUCUCAGAACAGUGGAAUUAUCUGCUGCUCUGAGGUUAUAUCACUCUGUGGUUUUACAUGUUGCUUCAGAAAAAACCAAUAUUUGUUUUAGAAGAAAAAAGAGAAAAUCUGAUGAUAUUUUUGACUUGGGUUAUGAUGAUUUAGAUUGCAAUGGUGUAGAUUAUGAUGAUUUAGAUUAUGAUGAUUUAGAUCAUGGUGGUUCAGAUCCUGAUGAUUUGGAUUAUGAUUAUUAUUAUGUUGAUGAUAAAUAUUCUGAUUAUCAAUCUGAUGAAAGGUAUUUCGAUAUACCAAGAGAUGUUUUAAAAUUUAAGAUCCCAGACUUUAGAAACCUCGACAUCGAAUCAUUCAAUACACAUGCGUUGAAGUCUGAAAUUUUGAAUAGGUUUACAAAAUUAUUAAUCCUUCUUAACUCAAACACUUUGAAGAUCACUUCAUAUGAUCUUUUCAAGGAUUUUUGGUUUUCAAAUCAAAUUUUUGCAGAUAUGAAUAUGAUUUACACCACAAACAAUGCAGAAUACUUUUUAAAAUUCGAAUCCUUUAGUAAAACUUCUUCAAUUUUUAAAGAAAAAAGAUCAACAUAUAUGACUCAAUCAAAAACCAAUUAUGGGUUUAAUAAUAGCGAUAUUGAUGAGAUUAAAAUUGAUCUAUUUCAGUUUCCAAUUGAUGACAAUAUAUUUUUUAGAGAAUUAAAUUCAUUCAUGAGAUUUUUAACUAAUUUAACAACGUUAAAUUUGGCUAAUAAUAACAUUGAAGACAUAUCACAUCUAUCAACAUUAACCAAUUUAAGAACUUUAGAUAUAUCCAAUAAUCAAAAUUUUAUUGAAGCCAAAAGAGGGCACCGAGAAAGACAAGGAACUGUAACAUUUUUUGGUAGACAGUUUUAUUAUUAGGUUAUUAAUACACAACCAAAUACUAUGUUACUUCGUGAAGAAGAGAGAGUAGAAAAUAAUCAAAAUGAUAAUCCAAUCCAAGUUAAUCAACAGCAACCUAUUGAGGUAAUUCGUAAUUUUAGUUUUACCAAUAUCCAACCCUUAGCCAAACUAACUUUAUUAAAACGUUUAAACUUAAGUGGGAAUUAUCUUAGUAAAGUGUCUUGCUUAAAAAGGCUAACUCUAUUGAUUGAUUUAAACAUAAGUAAUAAUCAAAUCACUAAUAUUAAAUUUCUAAGUGGUUUAAC